AUGAAUGAAUUCUUCGCCCACGUCCGUCCCCGCGCUUCCUUCCUUCCUUCCUUCGCGUCUUCCUUCGAUCGAUCUGACGUUCUCUCCCCCUCUCCCCUCUCCCCGCUCGCGCCACCCUCUCAUUCGCCGUCCGUCCGUCCGCAGACGACGGAAGACUUCGCGAUCCAGCCCGAGAAGGUCACCCCGACCCUGGACGCGUCGAAGUGGCCGCUGCUCCUGAAAGAUUACGACAAGCUCAUGGUCCGCACGGGCCACUACACCCCCAUACCGUGCGGACACUCGCCGCUGAAGCGCCCUCUGCAAGAGUACAUCCGAUACGGCGUCAUCAACCUCGACAAGCCCGCGAACCCGUCCUCGCACGAGGUGGUGGCGUGGCUCAAGCGGAUGCUUCGAGUGGAGAAGACGGGGCACAGCGGCACGCUCGACCCGAAAGUCACCGGCGGCCUCAUCGUGUGCAUCGACCGCGCGACGCGCCUCGUCAAGGCGCAGCAGGGCGCGGGGAAGGAGUACGUCUGCGUCGCGCGGCUGCACUCCAAGCCCGAGGGCGGGAAGCAGGCGGUGCUUCGCGCGAUCGAGACGCUGACGGGCGCGCUCUUUCAGCGGCCGCCGCUCAUCUCGGCGGUGAAGCGCCAGCUGCGCAUUCGCACGAUAUACGAGAGCAAGAUGUGCGAGUACGACGAGGAGCGGAACCUCGUCGUGUUUUGGAUCUCGUGCGAGGCUGGGACGUACGUGCGAACGAUGUGCGUGCACCUCGGCCUGCUCCUCGGCGUCGGCGGGCACAUGCAAGAGCUCCGACGCGUGCGCUCGGGGAUACUCGGCGAGAACGACAAUCUGUGCACGAUGCACGACGUCAUGGACGCGAUGUGGGUGAACGAUAACCUGAAGCAGGAGGACUACCUGCGACGAGUCAUCAUGCCCCUGGAGGUGCUCCUCACGAAUUACAAGCGCGUCGUCGUGAAGGACAGCGCGGUGAACGCCAUCUGCUACGGCGCCAAGCUCAUGAUCCCCGGCUUGUUGCGAUACGCGUCCGGGAUCGAGGUGGGCGAGGAGGUGGUGCUCAUGACGACCAAGGGCGAGGCGAUCGCCGUCGGCGUCGCGCAGAUGAACACCGCGGUGAUGGCGACGUGCGAUCACGGCUGCGUCGCGAAGAUUAAGCGCGUCGUCAUGGAGAGGGACACGUACCCGCGAAGAUGGGGGCUCGGGCCGACGGCGACGGCGAAGAAGAAGCUCAUCGCGGAGGGGAAGCUGGAUAAGUUUGGGAAGCCGAACGAGAAGACGCCGAGCGAGUACUUGCGCUCCGUGCCGGACGCCGCGGGAGGGAGCACCGCAAACGGAGGGGAGGCGAAGCGCGAGCGGUCUCCCACCGCGGCGGCGGAGGACGCGGAGAAGAAAAAGUCCAAGGGGGAGAAGAGCGCGAAGAAGGAGAAGAAGGAGAAGAAGGAGAAGAAGGAGAAGAAGGAGAAAAAGUCGAGCGACAGCGACAGCGACUGACGAAGAACGACGAUGGACGACGGACGACCGUGAUCAUGUACCCUUCGUCACCUCUCGCGACGACGGAAGCGGAAGAAGACGCGGCGAGCGAGCGAGAGGCCACUGUACUCUACUUACGCGUGUGCAUACUACUUCGAUAUAC